AUGCGCCUGAUCCUGUGGGCGCUGUUUGCGACUCUGGUCGUCUUUUUUUCAAGUGGUGAAGCCUCUUCAUUCGAGACGAAUAAGCCACAGAAGCGCACACUGUACAGCAAGUCGACUUCGCGCAGCGGUGUUGUCAAUAAUCUUUCCAAGCAUGACCAGAGAGUCCUGAGGGGUGAAGGCAAGAUGGAAGACAGGGAUGAAGCAGAAGAGCGAGGUGUCUCCCAUACAAUAACGGAGAAAACCAAGUCCAUCGGCAAGAAAACCCUUGAGACACCUAAACAUCUUGGCAAGAAAGCUGCAGAACAGCUGAGACGUAUCAAAGCAUGGUACCUGGGGAAGGAGGCAAAAAUUCUCGAGCGAAGGUUUAAGGAGCUAGUUGCGCAGAAAAAAUCUUAUGACGACGUCAAGAACCAAUGGUCCACCCUAUUAUACACUGGCAGGUGGUCGACACCGUCAGGGUUCAAGCGGUUCCUGACGAAGUAUGAUGAUUGGCUAAAGAAGAAUGGUUACUUGCACCUUGCAAAGAAAGAUAACCCAUGA